UUCGACAAGGCCAAGUACAUCGCGUCGCUUACCAGCGAGCAGCGCUACCUGCUCGACCUCGAGCUCACCACCAUGGAGGACUCCUGGCUCGAGCUCCUGCACUCCGAGCUCACCAAGCCCUACUUCCUCGACCUGAAGCGCUUUCUCCUCAAGGAGUGGGCCGGCCCCGUGCCCAUCUUCCCGCCCCGCGAAGACGUCUACGCCUGGACCCGCCUCACCCCGCUGCGCGCCGUCCGCGUCCUAGUCAUCGGCCAGGACCCCUACCACAACCACAACCAGGCCCACGGCCUCGCCUUCUCCGUCCGCGACCCCCACACCCGCGUCCCGCCCUCCCUCGUCAACAUCUUCAAGGGACUCCGCAACGACUACCCGGACUUCGUGCCGCCCGCCCACGGCGACCUCACUCCCUGGGCCCGCGAAGGCGUGCUGCUUCUCAACACCUGUCUCACCGUCCAGGCACACCGAGCAAACUCCCACGCCAAGCGCGGCUGGGAGCACAUCAUUGCCGCCGUUGUGCGCGAGCUUGUCCGGGCCAGCGAGCGCGCCGGCCGCGCCCUUGUGCUUGUCGCCUGGGGCCGGCCCGCCCAGCAGCUCGUCACCCGGCUCGACCUUGGCCUCGCGCCGCCGGCGCCGGGCGCCGGCGCCGCCAACAGCGCCCGCCCGCUGCUCUACCUCUACGGGGCGCACCCGAGCCCGCUCAGCGCCACCCGCGGCGGCUUUUUUACCAACGGCCACUUCCGCCGCUGCAACGAGUGGCUCCGGGAACAUGGCCGGGGGGAAAUCGUCUGGCAGCUG